AUUAAAAAAAAAAAAAAAAAAAAAAAAAAAAAAAAAAAAAAGAAAGUUUAGUGAAGUUCCCUCACAGGAAGAAAAGGAAUUUUGAAAGGAUUCCAAAUAAAAUACAUAGGACGGACUCAAAGAAAUUGGCCCUAUCUUGUCAAUGCCUUUUUUAACAUUUCAUGAUGCCCAGAGUGAAGAAAUGUCCAACAGCAGCUCCAUCAGCCACUUCCUCCUGCUGGCACUGGCAGAGACGCGGCAGCUGCAGCUCCUGCACUUCUGCCUCUUGCUGGGCAUCUCCCUGGCUGCCCUCCUGGGCAACGGCCUCAUCAUCAGCGCCGUAGCCUGCGGCCACCACCUGCACACGCCCAUGUUCUUCUUCCUGCUCAACCUGGCCCUCAGCGACCUGGGCUCCAUCUGCACCACUGUCCCCAAAGCCAUGCACAAUUCCCUCUGGGACACCAGCACCAUCUCCUAUACAGGAUGUGCUGCACAGGUUUUUCUGAUUAUCUUCUUCCUUGGAUCAGAGUUUUCCCUCCUGACCAUCAUGUGCUACGACCGCUACGUGUCCAUCUGCAAACCCCUGCACUACGGGACCCUCCUGGGCAGCAGAGCUUGUGCCCACAUGGCAGCAGCUGCCUGGGCCAGUGCCUUUCUCAAUGCUCUGCUGCUCACGGCCAAUACAUUUUGCCUCCCCCUGUGCCAUGGCAAUGCCCUGGGCCAGUUCUUCUGUGAUAUCCCCCAGAUCCUCAAGCUCUCCUGCUCCAAAUCCUAUCUCAGGGAAUUUGGGCUCAUUGCUGUAAGUGCCUGUUUGGCACUUGGUUGUUUUGUGUUCAUUGUUUUCUCCUAUGUGCAGAUCUUCAGGGCUGUGCUGAGGAUCCCCUCUGAGCAGGGACGGCACAAAGCCUUUUCCACCUGCCUCCCUCACCUGGGUGUUGUCUCCCUGUUCCUCAGCACUGCAGCGUUUGCCUACCUGAAGCCCCCCUCCAUGUCCUCCCCAUCCCUGGAUCUGGCCCUGUCAGUUCUGUACUCGGUGGUGCCUCCAGCCCUGAACCCCCUCAUCUACAGCCUGAGGAACCAGGAGCUCAAGGCUGCAGUGUGGAGACUGAUGACUGGAUGGUUCCAGGAACAUUAAACUGCUGGCCAAUUUCUGCAAAUCACUUGUAAUAAAUGUCAUCUUUGAUACUUCUUGUUUUCAUUCUGGACAUUCUUUUUCUUUGUUUUAGAUUUUAAUGUUGUCCACAAAGAAAUAUCAUUGUUUGU